AAGGCUACACGCAAAAGAAAAUGCGCAGUCCGGAGAUCGCAGGGGCGCGAGUGGGCACCCAGCUGGCCAUGGAGCUGCUGUGCGGAGAGGUGGACCCGGUCCGCAGGGCCGUGCCGGACGCCAACCUGCUCCACGACGACCGCGUGCUGCAGAACUUGCUGACCAUCGAGGAGCGCUACCUUCCCCAGUGCUCCUACUUCAAGUGCGUGCAGAAGGACAUCCAGCCCUACAUGCGCAGGAUGGUGGCCACCUGGAUGCUGGAGGUCUGUGAGGAGCAGAAGUGCGAAGAAGAGGUCUUUCCUCUGGCCAUCAAUUACCUGGACCGCUUCUUGGCCGGAGUCCCAACUCCGAAGACCCAUCUGCAGCUUCUGGGGGCCGUGUGCAUGUUCCUGGCUUCCAAGCUCAAAGAGACCAUCCCGCUGACCGCUGAGAAGUUGUGCAUUUACACGGACAACUCCGUCAAGCCUCAGGAGCUGCUGGAGUGGGAGCUGGUGGUGCUGGGCAAGUUGAAGUGGAACCUGGCGGCCGUCACCCCCCACGACUUCAUCGAGCACAUCCUUCGCAAGCUGCCUCAGCCCAGCGAGAAGCUGUCUCUGAUCCGCAAGCACGCUCAGACCUUCAUCGCUCUGUGCGCCACUGACUUCAAGUUCGCCAUGUACCCGCCGUCGAUGAUCGCAACUGGAAGCGUGGGAGCCGCCAUCUGCGGGCUCCAGCAGGACGAGGAUGUGAGCUCGCUCACGGGCGACGCCCUGGUGGACCUUCUGGCCAAGAUCACCAACACCGACGUGGAUUGCCUCAAAGCCUGCCAGGAGCAGAUUGAGGUGGUGCUGCUAAACAGCCUGCAGCAGUACCGUCAGGACCAGGGCGACGGAUCCAAGUCGGAGGACGAGCUGGACCAAGCCAGCACCCCUACAGACGUGCGGGAUAUUGACCUGUGAGGAUGUCGGGCAGGCCGAAUGGGAGAGAAGCGUCCAAUCUGCUCUCUCCUUCUCUCUGGUUGUGUUUUGUUCUCUUAAUGUUUUAGGAUGAAACUUAAAAAAAAAAAAAAAAAAACCUGCCCCCACCUAGAUCAUAUUGAAAGAUCUUUUAGAAGUGAGAGAUAAAGGUCCUAUAAACACGGAAUCAGUAACAGCAUCUGGUGCCUAUUUGAAGUACAACAGAAGGGAAUCCCGUAUAUAUGCGAACAGUUAUUAUUGUUUGAUGAUGUUAAAAGUCAUAGUAAAAUGCUUACAGGAAAACCUGCAGAGUAGCUAGCGAAAAUGUAUGCCUGCACUAUGGGAACAAAUUAGAGACUUUUUUUUUUCCUGUUAUGAACUAGCAUGUAUGUACCCCUGGUAGGAUACUUUCGAGGAAUUGCAGAUGCCACUUAUGGCAGGAUUAGAUUGCAAAGCAAUGAACUCGAGAAGGAGUUAGAAAUAAGGAGGGACAGGAUGGGGAGGGAGUUACAAAAUAAUCUCAGUGCGAUCGAACCGUUUUGGAUGGAGAAGCGCCCUUCCUCCCGACCACCUGUUUGUUACUAAGUCAGGAGCGUUGCUGGGCCUCUCGUGACAGCUCUCGCUGUCUACAGUAGCUGCUACCUAAAAGAGGUGAUGUUUGCCCGUUGGACACAGGUGAUUGGAUCCUGGGGUUUCACGUUUUUCGACAUCUUGCUUCUUCUUCCAAACAUGGUUCGUUGCAGACACCACCCAAUUUUUAUCGAAAAGGGGCAAUCUAGCUACGGGCCAUCCCCAAAACUCCUAUGAGAUGGAGGCAGAUGGAGCCCGAGGGUGGGAUCUGGAAUGGAAACUUUUCUCCUGAUGUGUUCAAGAGAGUAAUGUGACCUUGGCAUCCCUCAUUAGGAAACAAACGAAUUCUUUGGUGCUGAUUGGCGUGUCUGGUCCACAGGUGAGCGUUUUGGUAUAAACCAUUCCAUUCGAAAAGCACUUUGAAAAAUUGUUCCCGAGGGAUAGAUGGGAUGGUUUAUGCAAAUCAUGCAGAGUAGAUGCCUCCCUUCUCCUCCUGUGCCCCCUCCCCUCCUGCCCCCAGUUGGGUUGCUGUCCUGUAUCUGACACUCUCUGGCAUCCCCACCGGAACUCAAGACACACCCUCUUCCGCUGAAAUCCCCAUCACAACAUUCCUAAAAACAAAGCUCUGUUACCAUUUUGGUGGCACAGAAGGAUCUUAAUUCCCACCUCUAUACUCCUCCUUUGGACAUGGAAAAAAGCGUUAUUGCUGGUGCAAAGACAGACAGCGGGUCAUCAGUGUGGCAUUUCGUUCCCGUUUCCGUUUUUUUUGUUGAUUUCAUUGCAAGGUUGCAUUCAGCGUACUUGAAUUUUUUUUCCUCUCCACGUCUUAGAGGCAUUCAGUUAGCAGAGAGGUUGAAGCACCAACUUUUUUUUUUUUUGCACAAUUAUAAUUGACAGGUAAUGAAGCUAUUAAAAUAUUUGCCUUUUUAAGUAAAAAUAAAAAAAAAGAUCAGAACAGGGCUACUCUGAAGAAUUGUUUUAUACACAGAUUCUGCCUUGUUUCGUAGUAUAAGGGUUUAAGAUGGAGAAAAAUCUAAGGGUCUCUUAUUUUUCAUUUUAUUAUGUUCAGUUUUUUAUUAUUUUUUUUUUUGCGCUGCUAAGAAGCUGAGAUCAUUCAUUGUUAUCCACGUUAACAGUACCUAUAGCUGUAAUGUUUCACCGAGUGUGCUGCUAUCUUAUAAACAAUUUUAUAAUAUAUUAUUUUCCCGCUUAAAUUUCCAAGUCCUGAAGUAGAUGGUUGAGAUAGGAGUUCUUCGUACUGGAAAAGCCCUUCCAUACAUAGUUUGUUUUCUUCUGGUAGCGUAUUCAUGGAUUUUUUUUUUUUUUUUUCCUCUCUGGUCACAUCCUUCAAAGACAGAGUAUUCUUUACCUCAGGUGUACUGGACAAAAUCAAUAGCUACAAAAGAAAAUGGUUCACAUUUUUGUUCUCAUAAUACCUCACAACCGGACAGUUUCUGCUUGGGAGCCCAUUAGUCAGGGAAGGCAGAAGGCGGGGAGGAGGCUGUGCGGCCCCUCCCAGGUGGCAGGUGGAGGAUUUGGCCCCAGGGUCUCUCACGCCCAGGGACCUCUUCCGUGGUGAAGGUCAUCAGGCUUCCAUUCUGACUCUGGUAUCCUCAUCAUGAUGGAAAAAAUGCAAUUGAACCAAGGGAUUUCCCCUCCCCCGCAAGGCUGACACUCAGCACAGAGGUUGAUGCAGUGGAGUAGGUACCACGUGGGUACCAGCGAUCAGGACACAGACUAGAGAAUUCCAGCAGGCUAUCUGGAGAGUCUCAUCUUGCAGGCCUUUCUAAAGCAGGGCUCUCAUCUGCUUUGGGUCCUUUCAUCUGGAACGUUUCCCCUCUCUCUGGCCCCUUCCCGGAUACGGGCAGCCCCCGUUCAGGAUGAUCUCGGAGGGUUUCCUAGGUCUGAACCUGCAGCAGGUAGGGUUGCUACGGCAACCGCUCCCACCUGUCCGGCCUGCGGCAGGCAAGCGCAGCCAGGUCCUUGCUAAGUGGCACUAAAUGGUUUUCAGGUUUUAGAUCGUGCGUUGAAUUGGCAUGGUUGGAAAGAUGGGUCAGAUGAGUAUUGGAUUGGUGGUCGAAGGGAGGUAGGGAGGCUGCUUCUCUGCAGAGAUAUGCAGCCCCAGAUGCGUCAGUCUCCCUUGAAGUGUGUGAGAAGGGUUCAGGACUUGGUGAGUUACAUGACCCUGACAUUCUAGGGAUUCCUGGUGGGCCAGUGGGUGCUGUAUCCUGAGGUUCUGGAGAGGAAGGCUGAGCAGCCUGUUUUAUCGGGAGCACACUUUGCACAGGCCACUCUUCUAGGCCCUGAGGGGUUCCACAGGAUGGAGGAAUGCAUGGACCCUAGAGUUCUUGGGAGUCUUGGAACCUAAAGAGAAAGCCAGGUACAGAUCCCUUGAACAGUGACCAGCCGCUAAGCUCAAGGGGAAGCAGCAAAUGAGAGAACCUGACAAAUAAGGAAACAGGCCAACAGACUCCCCCAGAGUCCUUCACUUUCCACUUUCCCUGGAGCCCCCAGGGGGCCGCUGGGGCCUUCUGGUUUUUUCUUCUUCCCAGCCCUGGAGCCCCCAGGGGGCCACUGGGGCCUUCCGGCUUUGUCUCCUUCCCAUCCUCAGGGCCUAGUGUGAUGGGAGGUGUAGGGUUGCUGGUGAGGAGCGCGCCAGGUAGUUUAGCUUUUCUGCCUGCUCUCUCCUUAACACAGAAGAAGGGAUCCCGGCUUUGCUGAACUGGCUUAUACCCGCUCCCUGGAUUGGUUUCCUCGGUAGGAGUUUUUGUCCCAGAGGAGUUCACUUCUCCCCAUGCAUUUUUUUUCUCUUUCCUCCCGCUAAGAGGGUUCCAAACCUAUUCUGGUCUUUUUCUACCUUGUUGUCUUUCUCUCUCUUCUUUACUUCCUCCUCUGUAUGGUUUUUUUUUGGUGGUUUUUUUUUGGUUGUUUGUUUGUUUAUGUUUUUCUCCAUCAGUGGGAGCUAAGUUGUUCCCCUCACCUGCCAAAUUUUGGCCAAAUCCUACGGGGGAAAAUCCUUGUAUGCCAAAAAUAUAUGCUAAGCAUAAUUCAGUUCCAUGCGGGUUCAUGACAGCCGAGAAGCCUGCAGGCGGGGGCAGGGCACCGAUGCCUCAGCAGAAUGCCCCCCCCCCCCAGGCUGAGAGAAGGGGCUUCUGUCCGGGGAGGCUGUCCUCUGGAACUGCCCCACCCCACGGAGCGGCCCACUGCGUCCCCCAGCCGGGUCCCUGUUGGGGCGUGUGCUGCAGCGGAGGCCCGGUUCGGCCUCCUUCAGCAUCCGAGUCGGGCACGCGUGGCUCCGAGGGGACGCCACCUCGGCUGCGGGCAUCGGGGGCUUCCCUUGCGAAGGGGCUGCGGACGGUAGCAGGAUUGGAUGACUUUCUCGAAGAGGGCAGGGGCAUUUUCCCUCCACGGGCCACAGGGGUCAGGGCUGGGAGAAGAAAUAGACUCGCACCUUAUCUCAUGUAAAUAAUUUUCUAGCUCAAGAAGAGAAUAUUGGUAGAGUGGAAAUGGGAAGUAAGAAUGGGGGGGCAAUCUGAGUAAGCCAGCUGGCUUCUAAGCCAAAAGGAUUCCUCUUUGUUUAUCUUUGAGACAGUCCGACCCUGAGAAUAGCUUUAAAAGGGAAAUUACUGCUGAGACGGUAAAGUCCCCUUCAGCCAGCAGACGCUCUGUAGCUUCGGGGCAGUUCCUGUCACCCGUUGGUACAAAAUCGGGCCGGGAGAUUCGAGAGGACGUGUAUGGCUUCCUCAUCCCACUUGGCUUUUCAUGAUUCUGGAUUCUAAAUGACCCAGAACCGUCACUUCAGCCAGGACCACCGUUCUGUAUCCGUGUGUCUCUGCUUUUAGACUUGGCUGGGCUGUCAGACCCGAUGCCUGGCUUAGGUUUCCAGAAGCCAUCGGCAAACAGACACACGCAUGCUGGAGCUGCCGCAUUUAUCCCUUCGCCUGCAGCCUACUUUGGGGAAAAAAGUGCCUUACUGACUGUAGCCAUUACAGUAGCCAGUGUAUUUUGACAGGUGCCUAUCCUUUAAAAAAAAAAAAAGUUCUCGUGGUUUCUUUUGUUUUCUUUUUUAAAUUGGUUGUAUUUCUUACUGCUGGCCAGCUCUGAAGUCCCCGGCAGAUCACCAGGCCAUUGGAUUUUUUCCAUUAUGUUCAUUACCAUGUACCUCAGAUCUCUCUCUCUCUCUCUCUCUCUCUCUCUCUCUCUCUCUCUCUCUCUCUCUCAGUUACAGUUUCUCGUCUUGGACUUUCUUUUAUUAUUAUUAUAAUUUUUUUUUUUUUUGCUUUAAAAUGAGUGUGAUGCCAUAUCCCGUCAGUUUUAUUCUCUCACCAUGUACUCUGUAAGAGGUGUGGGUGUUUAUUUGGUCGGCAUGCGAGCAAGUGCUGAAGUAGCAUGAUCAGUAUACACGGAAGGUUUUUAGGAAGUAUGGGAGAAAAAUGUUGUAUUGGCCAUGAUGGUGACAUGGUAUAGUCAAGCUGCCUUUUCAGAGGUCCUAUCUGUUCAGUGUUAAGUGAUUUUUAAAAAUAAUAACCUGUUUUUCUGACUAGCUUAAAGAUGGAUUUGAAAAUGGUUUUGGAUGCAAUUAGGUUAUGCUAUUUGGACAAUAAACUCACCUUGACCUAAA